GAGCUAACAGGAAGUGAUGCUUUUAUAAAACACGCUAACUGUUGCUCGCGUGAUUAUUUCCCAAUUCCGAUGAAAGAGGUUUUCAAAUGUUAAAGUAGAAGAUGCUGUCUACUCCGUCUGGUUUUUCUGAGUGCUUUCGAGAAUGGGAGGAUUUAGAAAAAGACUUUCAUCAAAUUCAGGACACCCAUCGUUUAUAUAAACAGAAGCUUGAAGAAGUCACCAAAUUACAGAAUAACUGCUCCGGUGCUAUUGCACGGCAGAGGAAGAAACUCAAAGAGCUCACUUUAUCUUUGGAAGAAUGCAAACAAAACAAUUCAACGGCAACAAUAAGUUCCGAGACGGUGAACUCUAUCGCUGAAAUCGAGGACUCCAUGAAAGACAGAGCUCAUGCCUUCUUUGAGAUGGAGGCCUUUCUGCCAAAGAAAAACGGGCUCUAUCUCUCUCUUGUUUUAGGAAAUGUCAAUGUUACCCUUCUUAACAAACAAGCCAAAUUUGCCUACAAGGAUGAGUACGAGAAGUUUAAACUGAUCCUCACAGUCAUCCUCUUCAUGUUCUCCUUCACGUGUUGCUUUUUGCUGAGUUAUAGAGUCUUGGACGCCCUGUUCAACUUCCUGUUGGUGUGGUAUUACUGCACGCUAACCAUUCGGGAGAGUAUCCUCAUCAGCAACGGCUCACGGAUCAAAGGCUGGUGGGUUUUCCACCACUACGUGUCAACCUUCUUGUCGGGAGUCAUGCUCACUUGGCCUGAAGGAACUCUGUACCAGAUGUUUAGAAACCAGUUCCUCAGCUACAACUUGUACCAGAGCUUUGUCCAGUUCCUCCAGUACUACUACCAGAGUGGCUGUUUGUACAGACUUAGAGCCCUUGGAGAAAGACACAAUAUGGAUCUAACUGUUGAGGGUUUCCAGUCAUGGAUGUGGAGAGGACUGACCUUCCUCCUUCCUUUCUUAUUCUUUGGUCAUUUCUGGCAGCUCUACAACAGCAUGACGCUUUUUAAGAUGUUUCAGCUUCCAGAGUGUAAAGAGUGGCAGGUGGUGAUGUGCGGCUGCUCUUACAUGGUUCUCUUCAUGGGAAACCUCUUCACGACACUGAAAGUGGUUUACCAGAAAUACAUGAACAACCAGGACAAGUCCAAGCGCAUGUGAAUGCAAACAUCUGAGUCACUUGCUUUACUGGAUGAUAAAUAUUCAAGAAUACAAAGAAAAUAUAUAUUUUUUCUUUUAUAAAUUUCAGAAUAUUUUCUCUGUUUGCACCACUUACUUAUCUGCUCCUCUGUGAAGCUCCAGCUCUCGUGUUUUUAUCGAUGACGAGGACAGCUUUUGGUUGCAAAUAUUAGUGUAUUGAUUGUUGUGCAAAAAAUCUUGCUUUGUGUCUGUUGGAACUCUGUAUUGUUUCUAAGUGAUUUUAAAAAUGUUUUUUGGAGAUAAACAGUAUUUAAAAUUUCAUAAAAAGUUGCAAUAAAAAGUGAAAAAAUUGUGUUGAAAUCUACUAUACUUUGCUACAACUUACAGAUGGCAGCUGUUGUUUACACAAACCAUCAAAUAUGAUUUGUGUGUUUAACUGAGCAUGUAUGUUCUUCCUGUCAAACUCCUCUGUAGUCAUUCAGACGUCACCAGAGGGCGCCCUCUUGUGGCUCUAUAAUGUAUUUUAAUACAUAAAUAAUAUUAAUUUAUUGUUAUUAUGUUUUAUAUAUUAUUUAUAUAUUCUUUUGUUUAUAUAAUAUGAUAAAAAGGAUUUUUACAUUUUAAUAUGUAAAUCAGUCAUUUUUUAAUACAUUUUCUUAAAUGUUCUUUGGAAAUAAGCGGAAUGCCCGGAGAUUAAAGACGGAAUUUGCCUUAAAAACAUAAAGCUGCAUUGUCGGCAGGUUAGCCAAAACUGUUAGUUUUAAUGCAGAAUAAUUAAGCUGGUCCAUUUUGUUAGGAAAGCACCGUCCUGAUUGCAGAUUUUCCAUUUUAUGUCUCUUUCUAGAUUUCUUGAAUGUUUUCUUUGAAACACCAAAUGUUUCCAUUCAUUUUAUUUUUCAUUUCAUUUAUUUAUUUGUUCCUUUCAUGAAAAUUGAUGUUCAAAUGUUUACAUGUUUCUCUGACAUAUCAUGAUUGGAAGGGAGCAGAAUUGAAGAACACAAUUCUUAUUAUUAUCUGCUCCCUUUUAAACAUUACAUUUACAUUUCUCACACCAUCACCUGUGCUCAGAUUUCACAAUGUACAGUUCCACUACACUGUAAAUACAUUCCAUUCAUUUAAUACAUACAUUCCAAAAAUUCCAUUCAACAGUCAAGUUUGUACAAACUAAUUUGUUUAGCUUUAUACAUGAGUUUAAAUUUAAUAAUAUUUUGACAACUUUUUAACUGAUUCUCCUGGGAAUUCCACAUUUUUACCCCUGCUAUAUCAGACAAACACUUUUGCUUUAAUGUUGUUCGAGCAAUCUGUUGUUUGAAAUCAAAUUUUCUCCUAUGAUUUUCUUCUCCUGUGGUAAAAAUAAAAAGCUUUUGAAGGUCUUCUGGUAAAUCUCUGUUUCUGGCUUUAAACAUAACUAAUAAGGUCUGCAAUUCAAUUCAAUUUUUAAGUUUUAAUAAGCCUGACUUAAUAAAAAGUUCAUUUGUGUGAUCUCUAAAAUUAGCUUUGUGAAUAAUUCGAAUAGCUCUCUUCUGUAGUAGAAUUAAGGGCAUUAUAUUAGUUUCAUAUGUAUUUCCCCACACUUCAAUACAAUAUGUAAAAUAAGGUAAAACCAAAGAGCAAUAUAACAUGUGCAUAAUAUGACAUGGUAAAACAUAUUUAGAUUUGUUCAGAACAAAAAGACUCUUGGCUACUUUAUUUUUUACAUAAAAUAUAUGAGAUUUCCAUGUUAAUUUGUCGUCCAACAUAACCCCUAAAAA